AUGGAGGAGACAGGGAGUCCCACGGGACAAGCGCCGAUCGUGUCCUUCGCUUUGAACGUGAUUAUCAACCCCCAAAAUCCUCGCCUAGACAUCGUCUUUGUGCAUGGCUUCAACGGCCACCCUGAACGAACCUGGACGGAUAAGACCGCCGAAGCUACAUCCAGGAACGAGUCUCGUAGCGACGAGCGAGGUCGUCCAUCAAAAUUUCGAAAACUAAUGCCUGGGUCGAGACAAAUAAGUUCCGUUUCUCACGAUGGUCCCGUUUUUUGGCCCCGGGAUUUGGUUCCCAAAAUCGUCCCCGAUGCACGAGUCUUGAGUUAUGGUUACGAUACCAAAAUCCAGCGAUUCUCUGGGCCGCCCGUCAGCACUCACACCGUGUACGACAUAUCCAAUGAUUUCUCUAUCGCACUCGAAGCUGAACGACAAGAUGAGCCGAAGAGGCCUCUCAUAUUCAUUGCUCAUAGUCUGGGGGGGAUAAUUGUUAAGGACUUGCUUCGCAGGUGCGGUCAGUCCUCCGACCAGAGCCAUCUACACAUUCGUCCGAUUUUUGAGUCUACUAUCGGUAUCAUGUUUUUCGGCACUCCACACUCCGGUGCAGACCCGGGUGGCUCGCUUAUUCACUUUGGAGAAAGAGUUCUCAAAGCUCUGGGUCAUUCUGUGAACGAAAGUAUCCGGGCUUCCCUCCUCCCAACAUCAGAACGCCUGCGCGAGCUGCGGGACGUUUUCGGCCCAAUGGCUCGUGAGCGCCGGUGGAAGAUACAUUCCUUCCAAGAGCAAUACGGUUUCAUGGCCCUUGGCGGUCAGAAGGUUGUGGAGGACACUUCCUCAUACGUAAAUAUUCCCGAUCUCGAAAUAGUUGAGCAUAUCAAUCAAGAUCACAGCAAGAUGUGUCGCUUCUCUAUAUUAGACGACCCUGAAUUCGGGAAAGUUAAAGCAGCCAUAAAACGAAUGCUACUGGAUAUACCAGAGAAGGAAAUCGAGCCACAGGUUUCAGCCUUCACGAGGGCACCUCUCACAACAACUCAAAAAGAAGAAAUCUUGGAAUCGCUUAAGUUCAACCAAAUCGAUGCACGGGUUUCUACAAUCGAAAAGGCCCACAACAAGACAUGCAGAUGGAUACUUCGCACUCAAGAAUAUCGCGAUUGGACCAACCCCAACAAAACCCGUGCCCAUCAAGGCUUUCUGUGGAUGAAAGGAAACCCGGGGACUGGAAAAUCCACUUUGAUGAAAUUUGCUUAUAACGCGGCCAAAAAGAACAGAGGGAAGAAUUCAUUCAUAUUUAAUUUCUUCUUCAAUGCACGGGGAACACCGCUGGAGAGAUCAACAACUGGGAUGUAUCGGUCAUUGAUCGUGCAGAUUCUCGAAAAGUUUCCCAAGCAAACGUGCGUCUUCGACUCGCUUGAAUUAGGUGCUAGGAUUGUGCCUAGCUAUAUAUGGGCCAUCGAACCUCUGAAAGAAUUGCUACUAGAGGUCCUUCUAACAUUAGAAGAAAUAGCCAUCAUAUUCUUCAUCGACGCUCUGGAUGAGUGUAAUGAGGAUGAGAUUAGAAACAUGAUCAAGUUUUUUGAAAACAUAGGACAGGAACAUCCAUCAAUAAACUUGAGCAUAUUCUUCUCCAGCCGACAUUAUCCACAUAUCACCAUCGAUUUUGGCCUCAGCCUAUGUCUUGAGGAGCAAGAUGGCCACAGUAAUGAUAUAACAGAUUAUAUCCAGAGUGAACUCAGGAUCGGCAAGAGCAACACGGCAAAAGGAAUACGCGAGGAAGUUCAAAAAAAAGCCCAUGGCGUUUUCAUGUGGGUUGUUCUUGUUGUGGCUAUUUUGAACAAGGAAUAUGACAACGGCAAUAUGCAUACACUUAAGCGGCGCCUAAAGGAUCUUCCCAGUGAUCUUUACACGUUGUUUGAAGACAUCAUCUUGCGAGACGAUCGAAACCGGGAUAGCAUGCUUUUGUGCGUCCAGUGGCUUCUUUUUGCCAAAAAACCUUUGAGUCCAGAACAACUUUACUUUGCUAUCAGACACGGUCUUGAGUCUACUCCCCCAGAGCCGUGGGACCAAGACGAAAUCACCCGAGAUACCAUUCAAAAGUUUCUACUCCAUUCAUCCAAAGGGCUCGCUGAAGUUACCAAGUCGGAACAGCCCACUGUCCAAUUCAUCCAUGAGUCUGUCCGCCAGUUCUUCCUCCAGAACACCGAUUUGGUAAAGAUCUGGCCUGAAAUCGACACGAGAUUCGAGGCCAAUAGCCAUGAAAGGCUGAAAUACUUUUGCCUUAGCUACAGUAAUCCUGAGCUGGAAUUCUUCUACUCUUUUGGCCAAAACCCUAUAAUGUCCGUGAAGGAGCUACAUUCAAAAUUUCCUUUGCUCGAAUACUGUGUUCAAAAUCUUAUCCACCAUGCCGAAAUGGCAGCAAAUGGAGGUGUUGACCAGCUUACAUUCGUUUCUUGCUUUAACCACUCUGAAUGGAUUAGGAAGAACAAUAUCUAUGAUAUUAGCCAAGUACGGCAAUAUACACCGAUGGCAAGCUUGCUGUAUAUAUUGGCUGAGGCAGACGCAUCUCAUCUAAUCCAACACUGUUCCUCGACUGAGACUUCAACAACGCUCUCAUGCCUCAAGGUAGAGGACGAGAGAUACGGCUGUCCAUUUUUUGCCUCAAUUGCUACGUCGAGCCUCAGCGCUUGCGAUAAAUUAUACGACAUAAUGGCUCCGUCCCAGUCAGAGAAUGCCUUGGCUCUGUCAGCAGAGGCUGAAUCUCCCCAUCAGAAAAGGCCAUGCUUCACGCUGAGUUCCAGAUUCAACUUCUCAAAAAGUAAAACGUUGUUGGAACAGGCAGUUGAAUUUGGGAGCAAAGAUCUUGUUGCAUUUCUUCUUCAGCAUGAUAUACACACCUCAAAGGCUGUCGGUUAUGACACCACCCCUCUCUUGCAUCUUUCCGCUCAGAAAGGUCGUACGGAAAUCUUAAAGGUCCUGUUAGAAAGCGUCAAUGGCAACCCAGAAUCACAGGAUGCAUUUGGGAGGACUCCGCUCAUGUCUGCUGCUUCAGGGGGCCAUCACCACACCGUCCAAGCCCUCCUUGACAUAGCCAAGGUCGAUCCAAAUAUGACAGACCCAUACGGAGACACCGCAAUCUCACUUGCUAUUCAGACAAAUAAGAGGGAAGUCAUUGAGGUUCUACUUAGGGCAGACAAGCUCGACCCGAAUAUUGCGGACACAGGUGGAAGAACUCCUCUAUCAUGGGCUGCCCAAAAGUGUAACUCAGAGGUGAUCAAUGCUUUUCUUGCGAUAGAUAAGGUUGAUCUAAACCUUGCGGAUAGAGAUGGCAGAGCUCCUAUAUCAUGGGCUGCACAAAACUACAAUUCAGAGGUGAUCAAAGCUUUUCUUGCGACAGGUAAGGUUGAUCUGAACCUUGCGGAUAGAGAUGGCAGAACUCCUCUAUCAUGGGCUGCUCAAAACUACGAAACAGAGGUAAUUAAAGCAUUUCUUGCAACAGAUAAGGUUGAUCCGAAUCUUGCAGAUAAAAAUGGAACAACUCCUCUAUCAUGGGCUGCUCAAAAGCCUACGCCAGGGGUAGUGAAAACUUUACUUGCAACAGAUAAGGUUAACCCGAACCUUGCAGAUAAUAAUGGAAGAACUCCUCUAUUUUGGGCUGCUCAACAUUGGAGCCCGGAGGUAACUAAAGCAUUUCUUGCGGCAGAUAAGGUUAAUCCGAAUCUUGCAGAUAAAAAUGGCGAGACUCCCUUAUCAUGGGCUAUUAAGAAUGACCGCAAGACGAUUGCUAUUUUCCUGCUGGGGUCGCCUAAAGUUAGUGGCAAUCUUGAAGAUCAUGCGGCCUGGCUUUCUGCAUCAAUUCCCCGAUCUUGUUGGGGCCGAUCGAAUUCCUACAAGUCAACGCCUGCAAGGCAGUCAUAA